AAUAUUAACCCUUGUGGAUUACGACUUAAAAUAAUUAAGAAUUUCACCAUUUUAUUUCGCAAGCGCCGGUAAAGAGAGAAGUGCUACAAUAUGCUAAGAUAUAUAAUAAUUUCAUUGACGCUGAUUGUAUUUAUACAAUCCGGAGAUGCCGCACCGCGUGAAGCCCAAGUGAGUUUCGAACUAGAUGGACGCAUUAUCAAUGGCACGGCGGCGAGUUUCAAUGCCACUAAGCACCAAGUCUCAAUACGUCGGCGACGCACUGACGGCUACUUCUUCGGCACCGGUCAUCUCUGCGGUGGUUCGCUGAUUAGUUCGGAAGUUGUGCUCUCAGCGGCGCACUGCUUCGUGGAUUACGAUAUCAAUAACGGCACAUUCCGCCCGCAUGAGGACUUCAUUGUGGUGAUGGGCAAUCUGGAUCGUUUCGAGCGCAACAACUACACGCUCGUCUUCGAUAUUGCGAAAAUCGUCUAUAAUGUGAGCAUUUUCAAUCUAACCUCUUAUGAGUCGGACAUCGCUUUGGUGUUUCUGAAUGGUUCUGUGCCAGCUAAUUAUACCAGAGCACAAACAAUAACAAUGAAUACUCGACGAGUGCCUCAUGACACGGUUUGUCAGGUCACCGGUUGGGGUCAAACUGAACAGGGCUAUCUAUCGGAUAUAUUGAUGACUGUUGAUGUGCCGAUCAUUAAUGAAACCGUUUGCGCGAAUGAAAUGAAUUUUCAUCCUAGUUUGAUACGUGACGGUAUGUUUUGCGCCGGUUAUCGGCAAGGUGAGCGUGAUGCUUGCGGUGGGGAUUCCGGUGGUCCACUUGUGUGUAACAACAGAUUGACUGGUAUUGUAUCGUGGGGUAGAGGUUGUGCACAACCCGAUCUACCAGGUGUUUAUACUAAUGUCUCUUAUUGGUCGAAUUGGAUCGAAGAACAUACGGGUAUUAGAGGUGCAGGAGGUACAGCAAGCAUCAGUCAUGUAUCUGGCCUAUUGACUCUUCUAACACUGAGUUUUCUUAGUCUUUUGUGAAGACAUAUUUAAUUCUUUUAUUUUUUGUGUGUUCUAAUAUAGUUUUUCGCUUGAGACUA